AUGAAUAUAGUAAAAGUGUUAUUGCUUGUGUUUUUGAUACUCAGUGUGACAGCCCAACAACUGAGAGGAAACAAUGAUUAACCAGAAGCAUCAUCUGAGGUAAAGAAAUGCUCUUGUGGAUCUGGAAAAACUACUACAGGUGGAUAAGGUUAGAACAAAGUUUCAUUACUUCAAUAUUAGGAAGCUUUGAAGAAGUUACAUGACGGAAUCAAAGAAGCCUCUUCUGAUUUUUAGGCUAAACAUAUAUGA